UUGUAUUGAAGAAUCAAAAUAUGGAGUCUUCAAACUGGCAAACACAAUUUUCUACUCUCAGAGAACGUAGUAAGUACGCGUUCGACAAUUCAUUGUUCUGUGAUGUCGAGUUCUCGGUUGCAGACGGCGAUGGAAACAAAGUCACCAUUCCAUCCAACAAGUACGUGCUGGCUASCACCAGUCCUGUCUUUGCUGCCAUGUUUUACGGUCAUCUAGCCGAGAAUAAACCAACUAUCGACAUACCAGACUGCACUAAGGAAGGACUACAAGAACUCCUUCGUUAUGCACAUUGUGAAGAAGCCAAUCUAACCGGAAGUAUCGUAAUGGAGGUACUCUACCUCGCCAAGAAGUACAUGAUGCCAUUCCUCGAAAAGAAAUGUAAAGAAUACCUCGAGACUGACGUUGGUCCAGAAGAUGUGUUCAUUGUUUUACCACAAGUACAGAAAAUGGGAGAUAAAAACCUUCAAGAACACUUGUGGGAAAUUGUUGACAAGCAAACUCAUCGAGCUAUUUCUUGUGAAUCAUUUCUGGAUGUAUCUAAAGUACUGCUUUGCCAAGUGCUCAAAAGAGACACUCUUAGCGCAUCUGAAGUGCAUCUUUUCGAAGCUGUAGAUAAAUGGGCUACCAAGCAGAUUGAUAAAAGAGAAUUGGUUUGUGAWGGYRAWGAAAAAAGAGCCAUCCUUGGAGAAGAUCUCAUCCGACUGAUUCGAUUUCCACUUAUGUCUCAAAAGGAGUUUGUUGAAACUGUGCUUCCAAGUAAAAUUCUGAAUAUGGAUGAAAUAACACUGGUGCUUCAAAUCUUGAAUGACAUAAAUCCUGCGGCGAACAUCUUUAUUAAUAAGAGAAGACGACAAUUCAGCCCUGCAUAUUUAGUGAUAUCAAGAUUUAGAAAUUGUAGUCCCAAUUCAUGGAGUUACAGAGGAUCAGUAGAUGCUAUAAACCUUACUGUCAACAAAGAUGUCAAUCUGGUGGGUGUUCGAUUAUUUGGCAGAGAAGGCUCCAACUACUAUGUGGCAUUGAAAAUCUACAAAUACAGUCGAAGUGAAUUUCACGUUCCCGUCACGUCCUCGUCGUCGUUCAUGAGUGAAGAGAUAGAUGGUUUGUACCAUGGAUUCACGGUUACUCUUCAUAAAGCUGUGCGUCUGGUCUCAGGUCAGGUGUAUAUACUGGAAGCUAAAAUUAGUGGACCAGAGUCAUAUCGUGGAAGCGAUGGCCAGGAAAGUGUAGAGGCUGGAGAUAUUGUAGUAACUUUCGCUCCUGCUUCUCAGUCUAACAACGGUACUGAUGUUAACGGAGGUCAGUUUCCUUCGCUUAUUUUACAACAUCUGUGAUUGGAAAGGGAUACUUUGUAUUAUCGGACUUUUUGAGAAGCAGAUCAAAUAGUCAAAAACGAACAAUUUUCUUUCAUUUUUUGUUACAAAGAAUAGAAUUUUGUUUACACUAAGCUCUCAGUCUUGACCGCUGGCUCAUAUAUCGUCGCCAAGAUAGGCUAAUGUAGCGUGAAGUCGGGCUACAUUGUAGCUAGCAUAAUAUUGAGAUGAAACUUGCGGCGCGAGAUAACUGCUACGGUUCAUGAUAUGCACGGUAAAAAGUAUUUUUAGCAUUUGAUCGUUAUAUAUUGGAUUGCAAGUGCAUGACACUGUAAAAAAUCGCGCUCCCCGAAGGUUGUAAAUAUAAUGGAAAUGUGAUGUAAAUUUAAUUUCCAUUAUAUUUCCAUAUUAUUGAUCACCGAAUUCUGCUGAAUAAGCUCUCGGGUUUUGGGUUACACCCUUCCCUAGUCAGAUGGGUUGCCGCAUUUCUACUGGGGAGAUCUCAAUGUGUCCAAAUUGAUAGCUCGUUGUCAGUUUAUAAAUCUCCAAAUGGUGGAAUACCCCAAGGGACAAAAUUGAGUCCUAUAUUGUUCAUGGUUGAUGACCUUGUACGAUUCGUCGGUCCUAGGAUUAAGUAUGUAGAUGAUUUAUCUAUACUAGAAAUAAUUCCUCGCAAUGCUCCGUCCUUAAUGAGUCACACCGUUAAUGAUAUUAACAACUUUGCACAUAGUAACAACAUGCAGCUAAAUCCUAGUAAAUGCAAAGAGAUGAGGGUUGAUUUUUUGCAGUUCAAUAGUUCCCAGUGCCGUCCAAUAGCGGUUAGAGGUUCCGUCAUCGAGUCUGUCUCUUGUUUCAAACUUUUCGGAGUGUACAUCUCUUCGGACCUCAGUUGGUCGUCCCACUGCGACUAUGUGAUCAAGAAGUCAAACCGUCGUCUCUACGCACUUAGAAAAAUUAAAGCAUGUGGAGUCACAGAUAAA